UUCCGCCCACGCGACAGUGGCGAGUGGCCUCCUAACCUCCAAAGAUCAUCAGAAUUAUCAACAAAAAGAGCGCUCUUGAUUUUGGUGACCCUCAAUUUUUAUUUGAUUCUUCAAAUGAUGAUUGUCGCGUCAUUAAUUCAAUUAUCUCGCCCCAUUCGAGGGAAAAUCCACUGUUCUCAAGCGAUAUCGAGAUACUCUACAAAAGAGAAGAAAUCCGAGCCGGAGAUCCCCAAGAAUGAGCUCGAGGGGAUGUUCAGCGCUCAGGUCCAACCGGACAAGGGAAAAAUAUACGAUAAAAAGCCGUUCAAAAUUAGGAUCGAGGCGGGCAAGAAGUACGCCUGGUGCACCUGCGGCCACAGCAAGGGCCAGCCCCUCUGCGAUGGCACUCACAAAAAUACCUUCCUGAAGAUCACCCUCAGACCCAUAUACUUCCAGGUCAAGGAGACCAAGGAGUACUGGUUAUGCAAUUGCAAGCAGACCAACAACAGACCUUUCUGCGAUGGGACACACGUGAGAGAAGACAUUCAGGCGAAAAUUAAAUAAUUUGUCACGCGUCGUGGGCAUUAUUAAUAUUAUGUACUGGGUUUAUUGUAAAUAUAUUGAAGGAAAAAACAAAAAUCAUCUGUUUUAUAUUAAUUAGUCUGAUAUGAACAUCAAUAAAAAAUGAAAAAGUCAUUGAAGAGAGAA